ACUGUAUCCCUAAUAAAUAUAUACAGUUUGCUUGCUUUAUUCAUAUUUCAGAAAUGCUGAAAUAAUUACAUUUCUUUUAGUUUUGCAUUUGUCUCAAAAGAGAAUUGAGUUUGUUUCAUAAUGUAUAGUUUUCCAGUAUGGAAGCUUGUUUUCACCAUGGAAUAAAAAAGAAGAUUUUUUUCCCCUUCCUAAUUUUGAGAUUUAAUCUUGCAAUUCUAAGAAAGUCAGAUUUGAUUAAUAGGUUGCAGUUGUGGAAGAGCGAGCUGGGGAUGGAGAGAGACAUGAUGGAGAUGGAUGCGUGUUAACACCAGAACACCAAGAAUCCUCAGCAGAGAACCUAAAUGAGAGUUCCAAUAAUGGGUUAGAAGAUCCCCUUUGCGAAAGUCCAGCACAACCCAGCCAAACUAUGGAAGUUGAUGCCGAGUGGGUGAACAAGACCAAGCUGGGUGGCAGAUUUGUGAUCGGCGUACAGAGGGAGAAAACCUCGAGUAUGCAGAUCGCUCUGAGGAGGAAGCUUGCUUGGAGCUGUACUUCAGACGAAUCAGGCCUGAGAACAUUCAGCCGGAGAAACUCUGCAAUAGUUUCUUUGUUUCGUCAUCCGGCGUGGAGGUUCAAAGUGUCUCUCGGGACAUGAAUCGGCUCCAUAAAUUGUACAAGCUGGCUCCUUUCUCUGCCCAGUGUGUGCGGAGGGCUGUUGAGGAGGCUGCAGAAAAGCUCCCGGCGCAGCAACAGGAGGCGCUGCACCAUUACCUGUCCAUCAGCGCUGGUGCGGUCCGGCCGCAGGAUGUCAUCAACGCAGCUCUGCUGCUGGAAUCAUUAGUCAGGUAUACAUCUCUUCAUCCAACCAUGGCAUUACUCAUCACAAACAAAGUAACGUCAUUCUGUCUUUCAGCACAUUUCACAGUCCGCAAGCCUUCAGCCGCAAAGGUGGCACGGCUUAUUACACAGGAGGGAUGGAAGGUCAACUGUCCCAAGCCGGAGGACAUCGAACGGCUGUGGACACCACCUUCGAAGGCAGCAGUUGAAGAUGACAAGUUCAUCAUUCGCUGUGUGUCUGAGCAGAACUGGUCGGGCAUGGCCAUAAAAGACUUUGGUGACGAGCGUGGUUUUGGAGUCGUGGCAACUCAGACUUUUUCAAAGAACGACAUUGUUUGCGACUGCCACGGCAAGGUCAUCCCAGCUGCUCAAGGGAGGGCGAUGGUGCAGGCCCAGCAUGACGAGGCCGGGUACAUGUUCUUCUUUAAAGCCGGACAGAGAGAUCUCUGCGUCGACGCCCAGACCUUUCCGUGCGAGUGCCACCCUGGCAAAGACACCGUUGGGAGGAGGAUAAACCACUCCACAAAAGCGCCCAACCUGAAGCCCUUUCACUGCAGGUUACGUGUGAAUGGGGAGGACAAGGACGUCAUCCUCUUCAGGGCACUGAAGGACAUCAGUGUGGGCGUUGAACUACGGUUCGACUACGGGGUCAAAAGGAAGUCCUUCCGUGGAGAGGGCCUACACCUGGACUGGCUGGAUGGUUGAGAAGGCCUUCAUCAGGCUGGAGUGGCUGGACUUUUGAUUCCUGUUUUAAGGACUAGAUUUUGCUGGACUCUCACAGACCAUU